AUGGGAACUUUCAUAGGACACAUCUCUCCUGGACUAGCAUUCUUUUCAUUUGGGAUUUUAUAUGCUUUUCGGUACUCAUGGGCAGUGGUGACAGGUGCAGUGACAAUGCCGCAAAAUUAUUCACUAGCGCAGAAGGUGGGCACACAGGGAUUAUUAAAGAGACUUCCUCUUGAAGGGAUCAUGAAGGUAAUUUAUGGUACUCUUGCAGCCUCCGCUGAGUUUUUUUAUCCUCCUGGCACAAAUAAGCUUCAGAUUUAUGAUCGUUCAUCUCAUGAUUUGCACUUCAUGCAUCCCAAUGAAUGGCAGCAUUUCACAAUGUACUGCUACUUUGCCAUCAGUGGAUGGGUGGACAUAAUUAGCCAGACCUGCCUUCCAAGAAGACAAAUCAUUCUGGAAAAUGUUGCCAUCACUGUAGCAUUCUACAUUGAGGCUCUCCUCCUUUUCUUCCACAGACAUGGAAAAGGAGUGGUAGAGAUUACCGUCCAUGAACUACUACUACUCACCUGCUGCUUCAUCUGUGUGAUUCUCACUGUAGAGAUUUGGCACUCUGGGGACCGUGUGCUGUGCUUUGCCAAAACAUGUCUUGUUCAGAUUCAAGGUACGUGGUUGUUCCAUGCAGCAUUCAUCCUCUACAAACCAGCCACAGGGAAGCCAUGGAAAGAUGAUGAUAUGAGCAAUGUCAUGUUUGUCACCACAUUUUAUGGAUGGCAUAUUGUGCUAAAUGCUGUGCUGUUAGCUGCCAUUUAUGGUUUGGUGGUGGUUUUACACACCAUAAAACCACCACAGACCUGGAUGAAACUUAAGGGACACUCUGAAGUAUGCCACAUGGGCUUCAAAGGCUUGCCAAAAAGUCUGCAAAAAAUGGAGUAUGCCAGAAUUAACACAGCAGAAACAGAGGCAUUAGCCAAUGAAGAUGAAGAGUUGUAA